GAUCGACCCGUCUCUCGAGCUGCUCGUGCGGGAUUGCACUUCGCAAAUCAUUCCUGAAGGAGUCAGCUGUCCCACGAUGCUGCGCCUUGAGAUCCACAGUGCGUAGUUGUCUGGGCAGCGGGACUGUAGUGACGCUCCACUGCGGCCACUAUUACUGCCUUCAGUUGGAACGCAGCAUUGAGAGUCCGCUGGAGCUACGCUUUGCUUUUUCAACGCCAUCAGGCUGAAAACAGAGAAAGCCAGCUCUACAUCCAAGUUCUUCAACAGCAUCUCUAUCUUCAACCCACUUCCACUCUGACCCCAUGAGAACAGUACACCAGAAUACCAUGGCAGACCCAUCAAAAGAGCUUAUGGAAUUAUUUCCAGAGCUCUGCGAUGGCACCACAGCGUCAGGCAUUGUCGAAGAUCUCGAUCUCUCCGACAUCUCGUUCUUCUCCCUUGAGAGCAAGGAGACCGGUGCAGAAUUAAACCGCUCUGACGCCAUGCGCGAAGACUUGUGCACAGACAAUGCAGACAUGCUAGUCGACGAAGCAACGUCUCUAUACCAUGGGCCUGAGUGUAUGAGCGAGGAAGCUAGGGCAGUGGCUUCGAUCUUGCCCUCUGAUGACUCGACAAUGGUACCUUCAGUUGGUGCCAGUAGCGUUGGUACGGUAACGCCGACAAUUCGUACUAGGAUCCGUGAAUCGUUGAAACAUCGACGCUGUAUACGAAAGAUAGGGUCGCAAGAAGCUUCACGGAACAGCGAGAAAAUGUUCAGUGAGGGGGAGUUCGAGUGUCCGUUAUGUGCGCAGAAGUUCGCUUACAGCAGCGUCCUGGAGAGCCACAUUCGUGCUCACCGCAAGUUUUUCGGGGAAGGUAACCGUGCGUACCAGUGCCCGAUGUGCGAAAAGUCGUUCAAUCAACACUGCCAUCUCCGGGUCCAUCUGCGGUGGCACACCGGAGAGAAGCCUUACAUCUGUCAUAUUUGCAACAAAACGUUUAAGCAGAAGCCGCAUCUCAACAACCACCUGCGUCUGCAUUCUGGACUGAGGCCCUUCGUAUGUGACGUAUGUGGCAAGACCUUCACCCAGAGCGCGCACUUGAAUUCUCACCACAUGCUGCAUACAGGAUGGCGUCCCUACAAGUGCGCCGUCUGCUCCAAGGCCUUCACGCAGUCCAGUCAGCUGAGGACGCACUCGAGGAUGCACACAGGGGAAAGGCCUUACGCGUGCAAAGUGUGCGGUAAAACUUUCGCCCAGCGCGGGAAUCUCAUUGCGCAUGAGCGGCUGCACGAAGACGGUCCAAUAGGUCCGCCAGGGCGGAGGAGAGGGCUUGUUCCGAAGACUUAUCGUCGUCGUCUGACGUACCCAGACCCAGAAGUUCGGUCCGAAAAAGAUGUGGCGGGUGAAUCUAAAUGGGCUUACAGCAACAGAGAACAGGAAGGACAGAAGUCUGGAGAACAUCAAACCAAGCACGGAAAUUUGGAAGACGUACCAGAUUUUGUUCUCCAAGGCGACAUACAGAGAUUCCUGACGUAUGAAGAAGGGAAUUGCAGAACGGAACGAGAAGAGAUUGUACGACUCGUUCAACGCGGCUUUCCGCAGCAAAUACCACUGAAUAAUACGACGCAGCAGUCUCAAAGUCUACAGUAUGAUACAACAAAUUCUUCAGCGCUGAUUACCUGUGACGGGCAGAAUCCCUACAAUGAUGGCAUUCCAGUGCCAUAUCUCACAGAUGAGGCACAGGCCGUUGUCCCGCAAUUUACGUCAUCUUCACCAUUGACGGACGAUCGAGGCGUGCAGCUCCUCUCCCAGUUGGACUUCCAUGACACGCUUCGAAGUAUCGACGCUACGCAGCUCAAAGCCCUGACGCCAGUGCAGAUACGGGACCACGAAUAUGAACCCUACGACGCCGAAAGUUUAUUGUGUCUGUCUAAAUUUGAUACGCCAUUCCAGCGAGUUCCAGAACACGUCCCUCCUUCACUCAACGUGGGUUGGCAACACUGCGUGCGACAGCCAACAGACCAAGCUGAAGAACAGAAUGUUCAGCAAGGUCUGCAGGAGGCUAUGACGCUGUACGACCAACCAGAACGCCUUCACGGCGGUAUUGUUCCACUUGGUAGUCAAGCUGAAGACAUGUCCAGCCUGGAAGCGGAAGGGACAGUGCCGCUAAACGGUACCCGUGUUCAGCGUGUUCAAGGAACUGAUUUCCGGUUUGAACGGGAAGCGCAAGAUGUUUCUGAACUGUCCCCUCCGCGUGAUUUAUCGGAUCUCACUGUGCAGGUGGUGCCUGGUCGGAAAGGAUUUUGCGCUAUGAACAAUAAUUAAUAAGGUUGCGACAAGGUUGGAGAAACCUUUCCGUGGAUGGCGGUCGCUUUAUUUAUUGUCAAAGGGAGGAAAUCGGCUUCUUUGAAUGCAGAUAAUAUGUAUCAUUACGCACCCGUAGCACCGCGCAAAGUAAAGGAGAUUUAGUAUAGGUUAAAUGCUAUUGUUACUGAAUACUAAUCGAGUGGAUCGAAUAUAGGAUGAAUUUGUUGUUAAGGGGUGACUGUUAGAGGUAUACAUUUAGAAUAUGUGCUUAUUGCUUGCCAUAUAUGGCUUGCUGCUUUGUUGUCAGUAUGUGUGAUAGUCACGAAGCGGAAGAAUGGAAAGAAGGAGGGGUGAGUCAGUAGGGAGCAAAGUGGGGGAGAGAAUAAAGUUGCUGCAGUGGAUUGUA